AUGGGCCGAAGUGAUGAUGCGGGGCUCAUCGACACAGAGAAGGUGAUUGAGGCCAGAGGAGUGGGAGAAGUGGCCAGGAGACGACGACGCAAAUUUUCACACGAACUUCUUGAAGCACCUAGCACAAGCUACUUGCAUGUGGUCAAGUGUUAUCCAUCCACUGGGUUUGAAGCAGUGCAUGUUCUCAGCCCUGUUCUUUUGGGUUUUGGCUCUAGGUGCCACUAUGAACGAGACUGCAGAGACAACUGCGGCGUCACCCCCUUUAUGGAUGCAAUUCAGUGUGGUCAUGUCAGUGUGGCCAGGCUGCUCCUCGAAAAACAUGAGGCCUGCUUUUCCGCUGAGGACAGCCUGGGGGCCCAGGCUCUGCACAGGGCAGCUGUCACCGGGCAGGAUGAAGCCAUCCGGUUCUUGGUGUCUGAUCUCGGCAUUGAUGUAGACGUGAAAGCAACAUCAUCCCAUCUUACGGCACUUCAUUACGCAGCUAAGGAAGGACAUACAAGCACAAUUCAGACUCUGUUAUCCUUGGGUGCCAACGUCAAUGCCAAAGAUGAAAGAAAUCGAUCAGUUACUACGGUGCCCAGCAGAUCAGCCCAUGGUCUGCCAGUGCACAGCAGCCAUGUGUCGUGGGUGUGCAUUCCAGACACAGCACAGGGACAGGGGUCUCGGCUGGAAGACUCGAACCUGAAAUCACACUCAUGUCGGCAGAUGACUCCAGCUGUUUGCAGCCCCAGUUCUUCUUCAUGGGGUCUUCUCCCUGGGCUCUGUCCAUAUAGACUUGUAUGAGCUGAGCAAGAGAAAGUGAACGAGGGCUGGGUAAAAGCCACGUGGCCUCUCAUACCCCAGCUUCGAAAGGCAGGUCGCUUCACUGCCCCUCUCAUUUGUCCAGGCCGUUCAGCGGAGGGAAGUAGACCCCCCUCCUGAUGGGGAGCGGUAACUUUCCCCCACAGGCCCCACUGCGUUCCGAUGACUGCAGUGGCCUCAGAGCUGGUCCUGCUGCUGCUGUUCCGUGUGUCCCUUCACAUCGUUCUCACGGAGCAGCCUGAAGAGCUUAUGACAGAUGAGAUCGCAUCCCUCCCUGGCUCUCACGCCUUCACUUAGAAUGACAUCCAGCCUGAGUGCCGCCUACAAGACACCGCAGGAUGGCCCAGCCCUGCUGCCCCUGGUCAGCACAGGCAACCCCUCACUCUGUGGAACCUGCAUUUCUUAUCCAUUAUAUUAAACUUGUUCUUACUUUCUA